AUGAAAAUAUUAAUUGUAUUUUUAUUUGCAGUUGCUUAUUGCUAUCCAAUCGUUGUCACUAAUACAGACUUGAGCCCUUCUGAUUUAUUUAUCAAUCAAAUAGAUUUGAUGAGUAAAAUAAGACAGCAAGUAAAUUAAAAUAUUAUUGUAGUAGUAAAACAAAAAAGUUAUCUUAAUAAAUAUUCAAACAUCUCAUUAAGAUAACGAAAUAUUCUAAAGCAAAUUACUCAAAAAGAUAGAAAGNCUGUAAUGCAACCUCCAUAACCUAAAGAUAAGGUAACAACAUUCACUUUUAAAAUAAAUGUAUAAAGAUAUAUCUUAUUAAGAAAUUCAAUAAGUGGGCAGGAAUUGGAAUUUGCCAUUUGUAAACAGCUUAAGGUUUUCAUUAUGAUAUGA